AUGGCCUCGCGGGUCCUUGUGUCUGGUCUUCCCCGGUCCCUCCCUCCCCUUCCUCCGGGCCCUGGCCCUGCCUGUGUCCCCUGUGUCGAGGGGCGCCAGCGUGCUGCCCCUCACUCCUCCCAGUUUCCUCCGACAGAGGCCCCGUUGCAGACGCUUCACAUGGACGUGUGGGGCCCAGCCCGCGUCCGUGGACAGGGUCAGGAGCGCUACUUCCUGCUAGUGGUUGACGACUACUCGCGUUACACCACAGUCUUCCCCUUGCGCAGCAAGGGUGAGGUCACUCAGGUGUUGAUCGACUGGAUCCGCGCAGCUCGUCUUCAGCUUCGGAGAAGCUUUGGCUCUGACUUCCCUGUCUUGCGUCUGCACUCGGACAGAGGCGGAGAGUUCUCCUCGGCCCUCCUGAGUACCUACUGUCGUGUGCGAGGCAUCCGUCAGACCUUCACGCUUCCGGACUCACCACAGCAGAAUGGGAUCGCUGAGCGCCGCAUUGGCGUGGUCAUGGACGUCGCUCGUACGUCCAUGAUGCAUGCGGCUGCUCCCCAUUUUUCUGUGGCCGUUUGCGGUCAGGUUGGCGAUGCGUCGGCGUUCCGGGUCUGGGGAUCUCGGGCGUUUGUUCGCGACCUGUCUGCGGACAAGCUGUCCCCUCGUGCUUCUCCCUGCGUCUUCCUCGGGUUCCCCCCCGACGCCCCUGGGUGGCAGUUUUACCACCCCACCUCUCGACGUGUUCUGUCCUCCCAGGACGUCACGUUCGACGAGUCGGUACCCUACUACCGCCUCUUCCCCUACCGCACUCCGUCCCUCCCCCCACCCCCCCCUCUUCUUGGUACCAGGUCCCCCCCCAGUAGUCCCCCUCCCCCCUCAGGGUCCUGCCCCUUCAGGUGUGUCUCAGUAGACGCGGUCGAGCCUGUCGAGGUCACUGGUGACUCCGGUGCUGCUGCGGGAGCUGAGCCUGGGGGUGCGGAGUCUAGGGGUGCUGAGCCUGGGGGUGCGGAGUCUGGGGGUGCUGAGCCUGGGGGUGCUGAGCCUGGGGGUACUGUGCCUGGGGGUGCUGUGUCUGGGGGUACUGAGCCUGGGGGUGCUGAGCCGGGAGGUGCCGAGCCUGGAGGUGCUGUGCCUGGGGGUGCUUCGUCUCACCGGGAGCCGCUCUCUCCACAGGAGCUGCGUGAGUGGUUUGCCCGGCGCUGGAGGCGUGCCGCUGGUGCUGGUGGUUCUUCGGCUGCGGAGGGCGCUGCUGCCACGCGACCUGGCGGUGCUCGUCCUGUGGGUGCUGGAGCUGCUGGGUCUGAGUGUUCUCCUGGAGCUGGUCCUGCUGAGGACGUUGGCGCUGAGCCUGCGGUUGGUGGUCCGACUGACGGUGCUCCUGGUGCUGCUGCUGGAGGUUCUGGAGCUUCUGGUGGUUCUGCUGGAGGUGCUGCUGGAGUGGGUGCUCCUGCCGGGGGUGCUGGUGCUGUUCCUGCUGUUUCUGGCGUCGCCGCGCGGCCUCGACCGUACUUCGUUCCGCUCCUGCAGCAGGUUCUUGGUCUUACACCUCCUCCUCCUUCCUUAGAGGGUCCGCAGCCUGUCCGGUCACAGCCACAGCUACAGCCUGCCUCCCCUUUGCCUGCUCCUUCUCCCUACGCUGGUCCGACUGGAGGUCUUACUGAGCGUCGUGAGCCUGCGUCUCGUCCUGCGUCGCCUGUUCGUACUGAGCGCGCUAGUGGUCGCGGGUCGCGUCAGCGUCCUCCUCCUGUCCCUGGCACGCACCGGAUGUCACUGCGUCCGUCCACUGCUCCUCUGCGUGCCCCUUUGCCUUCUCCUCCUGCUUCCUCUCUUCCUGCUCUUGCCGACCCGGAGUCGGACUCUCUUCGUGCUGCCAGUCCUACUGUCACGCGUCUCCUUGCUACUGCUGUCACUGACCCUUCCUUCGAGUCGUCUGCUGCGUCUGCCCUUGUCACUGAGCUUGUCGACUUUGCUGCGCGCUGUCGUCUAGACUACGCUGCUCGUCUUGUCGCUGAGUCUGAGUCCGCCUGUCCUCCGUCCGUCGGGGGUGAGUGUGCCCUUGGCACGGACGUCCUAGAGGACAGGCAGGAGGAGUUCCAGUGUCUAGCCGCUGCUUCACCUCGUCUCGCGUCUGUACUGCUAGCCCCUGAGGGAGACCCGGAUGCACUAGACAUCCCGACUCCGCGUUCUUACGCGGAGGCCGUAGAGGGUCCCUACUCCUCUCAGUGGCAGGCAGCUAUGGAUGCAGAGAUGGCUUCCUGGAAGUCCACAGGCACCUACGUUGACGCGGUUCCCCCUCCUGGGGCGAACAUCGUCAGUGGCAUGUGGAUCUUCAGGGUGAAGCGGCCGCCGGGCUCGCCGCCUGUCUUCAAGGCGCGUUACGUGGCUCGUGGCUUCAGUCAGCGGCAGGGAGUUGACUACUUUCAGACCUUCUCUCCCACCCCGAAGAUGACCACUCUUCGGGUGCUGCUGCACAUUGCCGCUCAGCGCGACUACGAGCUUCACUCUCUCGACUUCAGCACUGCGUUCCUGCAGGGUAGCCUGCACGAGGAGAUCUGGCUGCGCCGUCCGCCUGGCUUCACUGGGACUUUCCCUCCUGGCACCCAGUGGAGCCUCCGACGGCCAGUCUACGGUCUCCGCCAGGCACCGCGUGAGUGGCACGACACACUGAGGACUACGCUUGCGGCUCUUGGGUUUGCUCCUUCUACUGCUGACCCGUCGCUGUUUCUUCGCACCGACACUUCCCUGCCGCCGUUCUACAUCCUCGUGUACGUCGACGACUUGGUCUUUGCCACAGCGGACACUGCUGGACUCGCCUACGUGAAGUCCGAGCUGCUGAAGAGACACACGUGCACAGACCUGGGUGAACUGCGCAGCUACCUUGGCUUGCAGAUCACUCGGGACAGAGCACGCCGCACCAUUACCCUGACUCAGUCACACAUGGUGCAGCAGGUCCUUCAGCGCUUCGGCUUCACGUACUCCUCGCCUCAGGCCACUCCUCUGCCUACUCGCCACUCACUCUCAGCUCUGCCUUCGGAUGAGUCCGUAGAGUCGAGUGGUCCGUAUGCAGAGCUUGUUGGCUGCCUCAUGUACCUGAUGACCUGCACUCGACCUGACCUUGCAUACCCUCUGAGCAUCCUUGCACGCUAUGUUGCUCCUGGGAGACACCGACCAGAGCACAUGGCUGCAGCGAAGAGGGUAUUGCGCUACCUGUGCAGUACGUCGGGCAUGGGGCUAGUGCUUGGAGGGCGGAGUCCAGUGGUCCUUACUGGGCACGCAGACGCUUCUUGGGCUGACGACCAGGCUACGCAGCGGUCGUCACAGGGUUACACCUUCAGCCUUGGUUCCGGCUCUGUCUCGUGGCGGUCUACUCGCUCGUCUUCGGUUCUCGGCUCCAGUUGUGAGGCUGAGAUCUACGCCGGGGCCAUGGCUGCACAGGAGCUUCGCUGGCUCACCUACCUGCUGACUGACCUUGGAGAGCUGCCUCGUUCUCCUCCAGUGCUGUACGUAGACAACAAGGCCAUGUUGGCCUUGUGUCGAGAGCAGCGCUUGGAGCACAGAACGAAGCACAUUGCUCUCCGCUACUUCCUUGCUCGUGAGCUGCAGCAGCGUGGUCAGUUGCGACUUGCUUACGUGGCCUCUGAGGCCAACACUGCUGAUGUGUUCACCAAGGCACUUGCGCCUUGCGACCAUCAGCGCUUUUGUACCCAGCUGGGUCUUGUACCUGUCUUGCCUCACUUGCUCUCUUCUUGA